UCCUGGCAGCAUACCGAUGGAAUCUAAGCUGUGAAGACUGUGGAGACAGCCUGGAAGCCUGGAUGCAGGGGACUGCUUCUCUUGAUGCUUUCAUGCUAUGUGGAUGGACAGGGCAAUAUUAGACCUCUUCAAACUGCUGAUGCCCUUACACAACAGACUUCCAGAUAUUUCUCCAGCAAGGAUGGGUUUAUUCAGCAUCAGGAGAGAUCUGCAAACCAGGCAUGCAAACAUAGUGAGGCACAUGCAAGUCCCCAAAGGGACUUUCACAUGGCUUUGAAACAGGAAUCAGAAUUUGAAAGGAAAGACAGAGCUGCCAGAGUCAUUCAGAAGGCCUGGAAAAGUUUCCUUAAUGUCGCUGUAUUCCAACACUUUAAACGUCUGAUUAACAUAAGAAGACAAGGGGAGCCUCGUCAGAUAGUGAGAUAUAUUAAUCCUAAAGAGGCAGAACUUCUAGAUGCUGCUGCUGGUAUAAAUGUACGAUUCAGAUUAGGUGGUGUUAAAUUUCCACCUGAAAUAUACUAUAAAAUUUUCACUCACAGACAUAUUGAAGAUCUAUGUGCUAAUAGCCCUAGAGACUACACAAAACUUCCAGCAAAACGUAUAUCUCAUAUUAAAAGUAAUGAUCUUCAGGAAGAGGAUUAUAGUGGCUGGUAUCGUCGUAUAGAGAACAAUGGCUGGAGGCCUGUUUGUGAGACAUUUUGGAGGCCUACUGAAAAUGUGAUCAUGGGAGACAAAAAGGAAAGUGAAUUCCAUUUCUCCAAACUGAAGAGAAGGCAAGAUAUGGAAAAGAAAAGAAAAAUGAGAAAAAUAGAAUGGAUGCAGCAAAUGUACUAUGCAGGAAGCCUGGAGGCUAAGUCAACAAAUUACGAAACUGUAGGUUUAAUUCAAACAGCAACAAAAGGCCUAUUAAGAACUAUUGAAGAUGGUGGAAUAGAUUCUGUGAUGGAAUGGGAAGUGGAUGAAGUGCUGAACUGGACAAACACACUCAACUUUGAUGAGUACAUUGCCAACUGGAAGGAAAUUGCUACAAGCAACUCUUCAGCUAACUUCAAAAGUUUCAGGUUUGAGCAAGCACAAGAAAAGAUAUAUGACUAUGAAGAUAUAUUGGAAGAGGAAAAGGAAACACAAAAAGAUCCUUCAUUUGAAACUAUUUAUGAAGAGCCCCUUUUUACUAGACUAAAGCCUGAUUCCACUUAUAGAAUAUAAUUAUAUAAAAAUAUAAAAUUAUAAACUAUGAUUUUCUUUCUGAGCUAUAACCCUUCAGCUCUGAUUGCAUCAGUUACAGUCAAGAGAGUUUAUUCUGGCUGGAAUGACUUCUAUAUUCUUGACACAGAAUCUAACCCAAUUAAGUAAGGA